GGUGAUAGCUCCCGUGAGGUGGAGGUAAGUCGUGCCUCGCAUAGGCCCUAUCCUGUCGUAGGGGCUCGCGAGAGGGAAAGUCGAGCAAGGACAGUCCGCCAAGAUGUCUGGGGUUAUAGCAGAUGGCGAGGGGAAGGUCCUGACACAAGAGGACCUCAUUGAGGCCAUGGACAGACUGGAAAGGACGCUGAGUAAUGUCCCCAAGGUUGAUACAUUUCAUUUUAAUGGAGAACGAGUUUCUGAUUGGCUGGACUUGGUGGAGCAAGCUUUGGUGAGGUUAUCAGAUGCGGUGAAGUUCCAGCGUAUUCUGAAGUGUGUGCUUCAUGGCCACCACCAGGAGUUGGAGAAAGUUAUAAAUGCAACCAAUGGUAGCUGGGCAAGGUUCAAAGAUGGGAUGCAAAGAAAGUAUAGGUUGGGCGAUGGGCUGCUAACCACGACGGAUUUUGAGGCCAUGAACAGAGACGACUUCACCACUGUGGGAGCCUUCGUGCAAGAAUUUAAGAAGAAGGCGAGGAAGGUCCCUGGAAUUUCUAAGGAGGCACAGUGUGCUAUUUUCCUCGGAUUGUUCACUGCCUCGGAGGCAUCAGAGCUGACGAUCCGUGGAGGAGGAAGCGCGAAGCUCACUUGGGCAACUAUCGAAAAAGGGGUCGAGGAAGAAAGUUUGGACCAGGUGGAACAGCAUCAGAUGCGCCUGCAAAAACGAAAGAGAAAAGAAUGGGAUGUGACCGCUUCAGGGACCUCGGGAGUAAAAAGGAUUGUCAUCGACGUACUUGCAGAGUUGGGCUAUGGAAAAGACGUGGUGAUACAAAAGAAAGUCGUAACAGUAAUCCAAGGAAAAAGGAAAGUUCCAGUGAUAGAGAAAGACGUCCAAGAAGAGUGGGAAGAGGAGGAGUCGGUGCCCCAACACCUCUCGAAGGCGCUACGUAAACAACGCAAUCUGACGCAGGGGGGGCAAGGCUCAGGAAAGGGGCAAGCGCACCAAGCAGUGGUAAUAGCAUCGCCAAAGGCGUCGGCUCCGUCAAGUAGUGCGGGACCCUCACAAGCAACGGUACCGCCGUUUGGGCAGUGGCCAUGGCCUAUGUUUAACGCCUUUGUGCCAUGGGGAAUCCCGGCUUCAUCUGGGCAGAUGAUACCUUAUGCUGGGUUCCAAGCCAGUAUGAUGCCGCCGAGUUAUCCCGCCGCUCAGGCCCAACCCAUGGUACGGCCUCCGUCACCCGCACCUAACUCACAAGGAAGUGUGGCUGGGAGAAGUAACCAAAGUCAGGGCAAUUAAGGGAAUGGAGGAAAGGGCGGUGGAAGAGGGCGUGGCAGAAAUGGCGGUGGGCGAGGAGGUCAAUGGGACAACCAAGGCUACCAGGGCCACGGAAAUCAAGAAAAUUAAGGGAG